CAAUGCGCGCGACUCUUGUGUUUAUCUCGAUUGACAAGUCAAAACCGUGGAAACAUGGCAUCGCAUAUUCCAAAGCGUAGGAAGUUGGAUCAUGCUUCUUCCAGUGAAAAUGAGACGGAUGAGGAAAGUUUUGUCGACGCUGCCAAGCAGAUUCCUAUCAAAACAGAAAGCAUGCAACCGUCAUCGCAAAAACACGCACCUCAAAACAAAAAUCGUGAGCCCACGGAUCCUGCGCCAGCAUUCUCCGCAGAGGUGUACAAGAGCAAUCUCUUCAAACUCCAAACCGAUGAGCUCCUGGCAGAAGUACGACCAAACUUUGCCGAACGAUUGGUGGCUGUCGACAAUGCGCUCCGCAAAAUUAAAGGCAUCAUUGAAGAGAUACCUGACAGCGGUCCAAUUACUUUUAGUGAGGCUACAACGAAAUUCCAGAAACUUGACAAAAUUCAAGUGCCUUUCCCUGAGCCGAAGCCCCAGUCCGAUCCAAAUUACAAAUUGGAAUAUUCACGGCCGAGCGCGAUAAACGUGGUUGGAAGCUACGUUCUAAAGACAAUGGCAAAGAGCAAUAGCAUAUUCACGGUCGAUGUUGCUGUUGUCAUGCCCUCGGAGAUAUUCCAGGAAAAAGAUUACCUCAAUUAUCGCUAUUUUCAUAAAAGGGCUUUCUAUCUUGCUUGCCUGGCAAAAGGUCUUAAUGAAGCAAAGGAUUGUCGCUUCAGCCUUAAAUUCGAUCUGCUACAUGGCAAUCUUUUGCAGCCUGUUUUGAUAGUUGAAUCAUUCGAUGGAUCUGGAGAUUAUGAUUUCUCCAAAUCUAAUGCCCGGAUUCAAAUCAUUCCAACUAUACCGGAGACUACUUUCAAUAAGUCGAAGACUAUGCCAGAAAAAAAUUCCGUCCGUCCAAAUAGAGAUGCGGCUCAAUCUAAAGCAUCACUCAUGGAACCAACGCCAUACUAUAAUGCCACAAUACGGGCUGACUGUUCAUUGCUUUCUUAUAAUAAAUUCCUCCAUACAGCUUCUGCAUUUGCAGAGUCAUACCGAGAUUGCUGCAUCCUGGGGAAAAUUUGGUUAAGGCAGCGUGGCUUUGGGGGCGGCGUCCAUGACGGGGGCUUCGGUAGCUUUGAAUGGGCUGCGUUAAGUGCGAUGCUUCUGUUUGGAGGUGGUCCCCGGGGCCGUAACGUCCUCUCGCCAGGGUAUAGCAGCUACCAGCUUUUCAAGGCAGUUCUCCAGUUUCUGGCAACAAGAGAUCUUAUUCUUCACCCCCUAGCAUUCGAAUCCGAUCUCCAAGCAACAAAGUCAGACUCUCCAGUCAUUUUCGACGGAUCUAGAGGACUUAAUAUUCUCUUCAAAAUGACCCCCUCGUCAUAUCAAAGACUCCGUUUCGAGUCACAGCUUUCGAUUCAAAUGUUAAAUGACUCCUUAUUUGACCACUUCGAAUCAACUUUCAUUUUGAGGAGUAACGAGGCGCUGCAGGCUUUUGACGUUGUUGCUAGGAUACCAAUCACAUGUCUUCCCGCCGGUACAACAAACUUGCCGAAGGAGAUGAGUUCUGAGGUUCAAAUCUUGGCCGCUAGGAUUUUCAAUGUAUUGCGUCAGGGAUUGGGUAACAGAGCGAGGCUGGUCUCAGUUUCCCCACCAGCGCUGGCUCCGUGGGCACUAAAAUCCAAAAAGCCAAAUUUCAGCGGACGUCUAGAGUUCGAAAUUGGGCUUUUGCUAGACCCGUCCAACGCGAAUCGGACAGUCGAUCAAGGUCCACCUGCUGAGGAGAAGCAAGAAGCUGCAUCCUUUCGCAAGUUUUGGGGCCCGAAAGCGGAGCUUCGACGCUUCCGGGAUGGACGAAUCAUUGAAACUGUUAUAUGGUCAACAGCGGAAACAGGCACGUCCGUGAUUCAACAAAUUAUAUCCUGGAUCCUUUCACGGCAUUUCGGCGACGAGGUUGCCGCGCAAACAACAUUGUUCGGUGAUGAUUUCAAGAAGCUCUACACCAAAUUUGGCAUGGGAAAUCUGGAUAUUCUGCACAGUUUUCAGUCAAUAGAAUCGGCAUUCGCAACGCUAGAGAGAGACGUUCGGGGGAUCGAAGACCUUCCCCUUCACGUGCGGCAAUUAUCGGGCUCCGAUGCCCAGCUCCGCUAUACGUCCAUAACUUUACCUUCCGCCGAGUCGCUGCACCUGCAAGACAGACCUGCAGAUGUUGUUUUACAGUUCGAGGGCUCAGGGCGGUGGCCUGACGAUCUCGUCGCCAUGCAGCAGACAAAAAUAGCCUUUCUUCUAAAAAUAGGCGAGAGUCUUCAAGCUCUAGGUCGUGGGAUCGUGGUUCGCCCCGGCCUUGAAAAUGAGCUAUAUUCUAAGAUGAACAGCGCAUUCCUAGACAUCUUUUACCCUAAUCACUUCAAAUUUCGCCUCCGGAUCCACAACGAUCGUGAGCAAGCUCUCCUGGAGAAGCAGGUCGUAGACCGCUCUCUUGACCCACGAUCCCGCGACGAAGCUGUAAAAGCAUUGUCUGCCUACAAACGAAUGUUUGUCCAUUCACCGCUCCAUACUCAAACUUUCAAAUCUCUUUGCACCAGAUUCCCUUUGCUUGGGCCGACAAUACGACUUGUAAAGCGAUGGUUCGAUGCGCAUCUUCUAUCCAAUCAUUUCUACCCGGAAUUGAUAGAGCUUAUAGUCGCUCGGAUCUUCCUACGGUCAUACCCUUGGCAGCCGCCUUCCAGUUUGACAACCGGCUUUCUACGCACACUUGCCUUCAUUGCGCGCUGGGAUUGGCGCAGUGAGCCCUUGGUCGUAGAUCUUAGCACUGAAAGCACUGAGAUGACUGCUCAGGACAUUGAAGCAAUCAGCGCUAGGUUCUCUACAUGGAGGAAACUUGAUCCAGCAAUGCAUCGUGUCGCGUUGUUUGCAGCAUCUAAUUUGGAUCUAGAGGGAAUUGCGUGGUCAGAGUCACGCCCUUCCAAGGUAGCCGCGACGCGAUUGACUGCCCUUGCUCGAUCCGCGUGUCUUGCUGUCAAGAACGCCGGUAUGCAUCUUGACCCUGCGACCGUCUUUUCAACUUCAUUAGCCGAUUAUGAUUUUGUAGUCCGUCUCAACCAACGGUUGCUCAAAAACUUCAGAACAAACAAAAAAUCUUCUUCCGAUUUCAAGAAUAUCCGAGUCCAAUCGGCGGAGAAUCUCGAUCUGGUAGACUGCGAUCCUGUGCGGUCGUUCCUCAACGAGCUUGAGGAUUGCUAUUCCAACAAUAUUGUUUUCUUCAAUGAUUCCAACACAAGUUCUUUCAUCGCAGGGCUGUGGAGCCCAUCUACAGCGCCAAGGCCCUGGAAGGUCGGAAUGACAUAUUCUUCGCAACCGAGCUGCGAAAAGGAUGAAACGCAGAUUCAGGUCAACAAGUCUGGAAUCUUGCACGAGAUUGGACGACUAGGUGGCGAGCUAAUAUUGGAUAUCGAAGCCAGGCGCUGUUGAUAACCAGAGCUUUUCAAUCACGAAAAUCGAAUCUAUUGAGAUGCUAUAAUUAAACUCCAGCCUAAAAUGAAAUGCAUGAACUUUUCCACAAAAGC